AUGGAUCCGGAACAUUGUGAGUUUCUGGCUGAAGAUGAAAUGAUCCAAAUUAUACCCCGAAGGAACGAGCCGGUUCUGCACUUGGUUUGCGGGGAUGUCGGUCCACUCGAAGCUGGAGUGCCUGUGAAAGUUCCACUUUGGUUAGCAGUCGAUCUCAGAAGGAAACAGCAGUGUGAAAUAGUGCCGCCUUAUUGGUUUUGUCUUGAUGAGCUGAAGCGUCUCGUUGCAACAGAAGGUGAAACUGCUGGUCUUUCUCGGCUUCCACCAUAUAUAUUUGAAAUC